AUGGAUCCAUGUCCAUUUGUUCGUCUAAUCAUCGAGUCAUUAUCACUCAAACUCCCACUCGCCACCAAACCCGCCUCCUCCUCCUCCGGCAUCCACUCCUCCGCCACUCCCUGCUUCUGCAAACUCCGAAUCAAAAACUUCCCGCCGCAAACCGCCAUCAUCCCACUCUCCUCCGCCACCCAUUCCGAUCCCCACCCACCGGAUUCCACCACCUCCGCCAUCAAUUUCCACCUCGACCCACCAGCCCUCCGCCGUCUCCAAGGCAAACCGAUGCUCUUAACCGUCUCCGUCUACACCGGCGGGAUGGGUCGCAGUUGCGGGUUUAACUGCGGAAAGGUGUUAGGUCGGGUCGCGGUGGUUAUCAACAUUGAUGGGUCGGUUACUAAGCCCAUUGUGUUUCAGAACGGUUGGAUGAAGCUCGGAAAUGAAGCCGAUAAACCGGCGGCGAGUUUGCAUUUGAAGGUCCGAACCGAACCGGAUCCACGGUUUUUGUUUCAGUUCGGUGGUGAACCGGAAUGUAGUCCCGUUGUCUUUCAAAUUCAGGGGAAUAUCCGGCAGCCGGUUUUUAGUUGCAAGUUUAGCGCCGACCGAAACUCAAGAUCGCGUUCUCUUCCAUCAGAUUUUACCAUGAACAAUAUAAACAGAGGGUGGAUGACAACGUUUUCCGGUGGAAAAGAAAAAACUGGGAGGGAGCGAAAAGGGUGGAUGAUCGUGGUCCAUGAUCUCUCUGGAUCAUCCAUUGCGGCCGCUUCCAUGAUCACACCGUUUGUCCCUUCUCAAGGCUCAGACCGUGUUUCGCGGUCAAACCCAGGGGCCUGGCUUAUCCUUCGACCCCAUGGUGCUUCAAUUAGUAAUUGGAAGCCGUGGGGGCGACUUGAAGCUUGGCGUGAAAGGGGACCCGUUGACGGGUUAGGUUAUAAAUUUGAACUUGUUACCAACUCUGGUAUGACAAGUGGGAUUCCCAUUUCCGAAGGCACUAUGAAUAUUAAAAAAGGCGGCAAAUUUUGUAUCGACGAGACUUUAAAAGAUUCGAGAGCAAGUCCGUUGUCGAACAUCAAAGGGUUUGUAAUGAGUUCGAGCGUUGAAGGCGAAGGGAAAACGAGUAAGCCAAUGGUGCAAGUGGGUGUGCAACACGUGACGUGUAUGGCUGAUGCUGCUCUUUUUGUUGCGCUUUCGGCCGCAAUCGAUCUCAGUAUGGAUGCUUGCAAGCUCUUUUCUCGUAAGCUGAGGAAAGAGUUCCUGCAAGACGAACAAGAUUUUAUGUCGUAAAAAUUUAAACUUUUCUUCUGAUUUUGAAACGAAAAAUUCUUUCUUUUUUCACCUAAAAAUUUAAUCUUAUGCAAUGAUAACCAAUCAAGUCAGUGAAUCGAAUUUGGAUUGAGCAUGCCAAUUCUUUAUCUCAUGCUUUAAAAAAAAUUACGAACGGUUUGAAUUCUUUCUUUAAUUUAAAUUCAAUUUGGAUCGGGAUGAUGAUUGUGACGUUAAGAUUUGAGGAUAAUAUUGUAUAGACAAAGGAUUUGUUUAUUUUUCUUUUAGAAAAUUAUGUA